GCACUUGACCUCUUCGAACCACUGAGACUGUCGAUGGCUUCGAAGAAAAAUCAGAAAGCUCACCAUCCAACAUCCUCAUUAGGCCCGUCUCACAAGGCCAACCCAAUGGAACGAUUCUGCCUCUACGAAACUCGGGGAAGAUUUUACAUUGCCGGCUCAGAUCAACCCGGGACCACGAAUCGAAUGCUGAAGAUAGACAAAACUCUGGAUGAUGAUGGCCAACUAAUGAUUACCGAAGAUGCCACGGUCUAUACAAAUGCAGAAAUGAAGGCUUUGAUUGAGCAACUCAGCUUGGGUAACUCAACUUCUGGCGGGCUCACCCGGCCGAUCGAGCCCUUUUGGGGCAUCGUCGGUUUUAUCAAAUUUACCGGUCCGUAUUAUUUGGUCACUAUCAAGACUAGGAUCCCCGUCGCGAUGAUUGGAGGUCAUUACAUAUACCAUAGUGAAGAAACUCAACUAACACCGAUCACAGGGAAAGUGGCCAAAAAUCAACAAGUCGAAGAGGCUAGGCUCAUCGCCGCCUUCAAGAGUGUGGAUCUAAGCAAGAACUUUUACUUCAGCUAUUCUUACGACAUAACCAACACCCUCCAAUCCUAUUUCAUUCAUACAACCUCUCACUCGGCAUCUCAAUCGGCCUUCCCCCCCGAUUUUGCGGCCCCAUCUCCGCAUGACGAUUCCAUGGAGCUCAAAGGACUUGACCGAAGACGAGUUGCCUGGGGCUUUCAUGACAAGUUUUUUUGGAAUUAUUACCUUUUGUCAUCUGCGUUUGGGAACAGCAUUAACAAAGAAGGGGGAAGUCCAUGGGUCUUGCCGCUUAUCUACGGUUUUGUGGAUCAAUCAAAAUUGAAUGUCUUUGGUCGCACGGUUUACGUUGCCGUCAUCGCGAGGCGUUCGCGCCAUUUCGCUGGUGCCCGUUUCUUGAAACGAGGUGUCAGUGAGGAUGGAUAUGUAGCAAACGAAGUAGAAAUCGAACAAAUCGUCACCGAUGCCAUCACCACCGCUCUGCAUCUCCCGGACCCUGAGAACCGAGAUGACUUUGAUGCUCGGAAGCCCAAUCCCCGAUACACCAGUUAUGUCCAGUUGCGUGGUAGCAUCCCUUUACUCUGGAAUCAAGACACCACGAUCACCAAAGCCAAACCACCAAUUGAAUUUUCAAUAAUUGACCCCUAUUUCUCCGGGGCAGCCAUCCACUUCGACGACCUUUUCGCACGUUAUGGCACUCCUGUGAUUGUCUUGAAUCUCAUCAAAGAGAAAGAGCGACAGACGAGGGAAUCGAAGCUUUUACCAGAGUUUAGACAAUGCUUGAAAUAUCUCAGUCAAUUCUUACCCGAGCCUUCCCAUCUUGAAUUUUCUUCGUUUGAUAUGAGUGCUGCUCAACGCUCACGCCAAGUGGAUGUGAUCAGCUACUUGAGCGGAGUUGCAGAAGAAGUGAUCGAAAAAACCAAGUUUUUCCACAGUGGCCCUGAUCCCAAUUACAAGCUGUUUCAAUCCGAAGAGGCGGUUUUCAACGAUGAUGGAGAGCCAGAAGAAAGCGGGGAAACCCAAAAGUCGGUCUAUCGGCCCGCACCUUUGAUUCAAUGCGGAGUGUGUCGCACCAAUUGUAUUGAUUGCAUAGAUCGGACAAAUGCGGCUCAAUUUGUAGUCGGGAAGGCGGCGUUGGCUCAUCAGCUCCACGCACUAGGAAUCAUCAAGUCCAAAGUAGCGCCUUACGACUCAGACGCCGUUGACAUUCUAACCAACAUGUACCAUGACUUAGGCGAUACAAUUGCGCUUCAAUAUGGCGGUUCUCACUUGGUCAACACUCUUCAAACCUAUCGGAAGACCGGAAAUCAAUACAAGAGUCAUGCUCGGGAUACUCUUGAAGGACUGAAAAGGUUUUACGCCAACAGUUUUGCUGAUGCCGAUAAACAAGCCUCAAUCAACCUGUUUCUGGGCAUAACGGAGUCGGUUCCUUCAAUAAACACGACUACAAUGUCCAACAGGAUCUCAUCCUCGAAGCUUGAUCUGGGACCUGGUUCUUCUAUCAUGAGUUCACUUGCGGCUUCCACAAUAGGCAGUCCCGAACGUGAUAGUGACAGUGAACAUUUCAUCCGAUUUGACCCCAUCAAUCUUGCCAAGCGAUCUUACACUCAGUGGUUCCAUCCUAACCACUUAAUCAAACCUCCAAAAGAUCCCGAAACAAUCACAAAACAUCUCUCCGAUGUAAGCAGGCAGCGCGGCAAUGACGACUACUUCAUCCGUUACUAUCGCCCUUGGCUUUGGACAAGUACCGAAAAUCAUUUAGGAAGGAAGAUGAAUAGUAGUGACAUGUUCAUUCCCAAAGGAUUGACGACCAUGGUAUACACUUCGACAAAAGCGAUGGAAACAAACUUGUCACCAUUCAAGAGACGAAGAGGCGUUAAUGAAAUCAUUGAGCGACUGCCAAGACACUCUGCAGAACGAACCCCGCAUGGUGUCGGGGUUUCAGUUGGUGUUCGACGAUGGCUCAAGACGAGAUCCAACCUGACGCUGAAAUCAAACAUGAGCACGAUCAAGGGGGUUAGUACGAGCAAAGCGCAUUCGAAAGGUCAGCUGACGGGGAGCCGUGAGCCACGGAUUCCAGCGAUGAUCACUCAUGGAGAGACGGCGCUUGGUCUCAAUUUCAACGACGAUCAAGCUUCCUCUGCGGCUGGAGGGACUGGAAACGAGACCAAAAGACUCGCCUCAAAGUUGCUUCAUCCUAAUGUCGAAAUAGAAGAGGCAAGGGAAUACAAUUCAUACUUGCAUCAAUUUGACAAACUCAAGCUCUACUCAACCUCAGCAAGGAACGACAUCUACGAAGCCGAUCUCAGGAUAUAUGAAAAGUCGGCGGCACUAUCGUCGCCAGACCCCUCUGUGGGCUAUUAUCCUACAUCCACCAUCCAAGUCGAAGAGAAGAAUAGGCUGCUGUAUGAGGAGGCAGUGACGGUUGCCUAUAUGCCUACCCUAAACUAAUCCCACAUCGAACCGUCUCCAAGAACAAGCAACCCCUCUCGCCCCACUCUUCGGUCAAUUUGUCUCUCGUUUUUCAUCGCCUGUUGUAGCAACCAUCAAUGUAGUUGUUUCUCCUAAUUAAAGUGUAACAACAAUGUAUCUUGUGAAUUCGUUAAUGUCUACCUGAGCAUUAUGCAAUCGACGUAUUUUUAGAAGGUUCAGA